UAAUCUUUGUGAGGCUGCGUUGAGGAACAUCUACCCAAGUGCUAUGACCAGGUUAGAUGCAAAGAAUUGGCGUCAAUUGUAGAGUUACAGCUCUCAGGUGGAUUUUGGGUGCCACCAUUUAAAAUGGAGAACUCUACUGAAGAAUACAGGAUCCAGUCUUUAGACAUGGACACACAGAUGUUGCUGAAAACAGCCUUGAAAGAUCCAAGUUCUGUGAACCUGGAGAAGGUUUCUGAUAUCCUCGUGGAUCAGUCUUUGAAGGACCAGGUUUUCAGCAAAGAAGCCGGACGCAUCUGCUACACCAUUGUGCAGGCCGAGGCCAAGCAGAACAACGGAAACGUGUUCAGGAGGAGCUUGUUGAACCGCCUGCAGCAGGAGUUCAAGAGCCGCGAGGAGACCAGGGCGCGCUCGCUGCAGGAGUGGGUGUGCUUAGUCACGUUCAUCUGUAACAUCUUCGACUACCUCAAAGUGAACAACAUGCCGAUGGUGGCUCUGGUCCAUCCUGUGUACGACUGUCUGAUCAGACUGUCCCAACCAGAUGCUCUUAUGAAUGAGGAGGAGGUGGACUGCCUGGUGCUGCAGCUGCACCGCAUCGGGGAGCAGCUGGAGAAGGUGAACGGCCCGCGGAUGAACGAGGUGUUCUACCUGCUGCGGGACGGCUUCCUGCUGCAGGAGGGGCUCACCUCCAUGGCCCGCCUGCUGCUGCUGGAGAUCCUGGAGUUCAGGGCGGGGGGGUGGCUGCUCAGCGGCACCGCCCACAAGUACUACUACAGUGAGAUCGCUGACUAGGACCCCGGAUACCUGUCCUCAGUCAACACUGAUCAUUAAACCAGCAGAUUCAUGAAGAACAGCCGUGUAUUCCAGGCUGACGCGGAUAUUUUUUUGGUAAGAAGGCGGAUCACAACGUGUAAAAAUACCUUUUUUAUUUCGCUGGAUUGUUCCCUGCGUUUGAUCCUUUUUCCCGAGACAUGGUGCCGUGGAGGUGGAAUGUGCAAUAGUUCAGAAGGCGUUGACGUUAAGUUACGAGGUUUUGUCACAUUCAGGUUCACUUUGUUUUAAGGUUUGAGCAUUUUUUUAAAUGUUUUUUUUAUUGAUCUUGCAGGCAUUCCUAUUCAAAGUCCACCCUUUUUUUUUUACCAAAUCCAAAGGACUUGACAUUCCAGUCAGGUGUAGGCUGACUUGGUUUUUGCUUUACAGUUUGUUGUUGUGACCAGAUUUAAGUGAAAAUCAAUAUUUUUGAAUUCAGUUGAAUAUGAGUGUAGAAUUUAUAUUUUAGUAAUAGUUUGAAAUGCAGUUCUGAGGAUUUUUCAACCUAAUGUGUCUGUAGGACUACUGUUACUGCCUCAUUAAGUGAGGACAUUUUUAGAUGAAGCGUUGAGUCUUAAGUCAGGGACCUUCUGUUUUUGAUUUUGUUACAGCUGAACUAAAAUACCAAGAUAUUGCUCACAGUUUAAAUUGAAACUGUUUCUACAGAUAAAUCAAUCAGACAUUCAUUUCAUUUCUGGAUUCAUAAGCUUUAGUUGUAAAACGACUUGUGCCAAUACAGCAGUGCAGCUUCAUCCAAAGCUCUUCAUCCGAGGACCGUGGUGAAGGAAGUACUUUGAUCAUGCUCUAAAAAUAAAACGAGCAAAACCACCUUAAAGUAUUCAUUAUGCUGAAGGACCCAUUUCCAAUCAUAAAUAUCAUAUUGCAUUCUAAUGAUCUGAUCAGCUGUCAGGGCUCAAUUUAAUGUACUUUAUAUACUGCAGGUUAGCUUCUGAAUUUCUCCCAAUCGAUGCAUUAGGUGUAUCAAAAUCAAACAAUGUAUUUAAUAUUAAUCUGCGUCUGCACAAUAGCUCAUAACUUAAGUUAUUAAAUAAAGGUAGUGCAGUAAAAGAGUAAUAUUCCCUUCACAAAUUGCACUAAACGUGCUUGGUUACUUUCACCAUUGCAGCAGGGAAUAAGGUAUUUAUCCUCCAUUCACACGAUAUCAGUUAUGAGCCUAAAGCUAACGGAAGCAUUUUUCCUUUUGAAUUCAGGACCAGCAGCAGCGGCUACACACAGCAUGUAGCCGAGCUCAGCUUCUCAUCAGUCUGUUGUCUUUGUUGAAACUAAGAGACGGCUUUAGGGAGAGGAAGACAAACUCACUCGUGGCCCAAAUGUUACAUCUCUUUGAAAAAUCUCUACCUGUAAUUACGUGUAAAUAACGAAAGCUUAAUAUAAGAUUGAAUAUUCUUAAAUUGUAUGCCAAUGUUGGAGAAGAAUGUAAAAGCCCAGCUAUGGUCAGGAUUUUGGACAUUUUUGUACUUUAUUUUUCAAAUUGGCAGCUUCCAUUUCUGGCAAAGAAAUGUUUAAUGAUGUAAAUCCGAAAUUAGGAAUAACUCGUCCCGUAACGACAGGGAACAUUACUGACUGCAAUAUCUGUUGAUAAAUGUUAUUACGCUGUUGCAACAUUUUUACAUUACUCAAUCCCAUGUUUGAUGGCUGGGUUGUACAUUUAAAAUUAUUUGUUCAAAUAAAUCUUGAAGUUUUCCUUAA